ACUAUUUCACUCCCAUGAACAUUGUUCAUUCCUCUUUUAUUAGCCUAACUCAAUCUCCAUCUUUUUAAAUUAUUCUUAGGCUUUUUUCACACAUUAUAAAGUGAUUGGCUUUGGGUUGACUCACUAUUUCACUCCCAUGAACAUUGUUCAUUCCUCUUUUAUUAGCCUAACUCAAUCUCCAUCUUGUAUCUCAAGUAGGCCUAUAGCUGAAAUGUCACCUAAUAAUACACGAAGACACACACAUAUAUAUAUAUACAGAGGUUGAGUAUGUUACAUGAAAAUGGUUUGGAACCUCACCAUGUCAUUAUAGUUCAUGACACCACAUCCAGUCAUGCUUUAUCUGUUGGCUUUGGGUUGACUCACUAUUUCACUCCCAUGAACAUUGUUCAUUCCUCUUUUAUUAGCCUAACUCAAUCUCCAUCUUGUAUCUUGUAAAUAGUACACUGUACUUGUGUCACAUUUUCAAAUGGAAAUCCUUCUAGAUUUUGUUGCACGUUGUAGUUCUGAUGAUGCCUUUGCUGUGUAUUGUAAGCCUGAAGAUAUUCAUGAUAUGUGUUGUAGGCCUGAGGAGGUUCAUGUUUUGUGUUACCUGCCUGAAGAUGUUCAUAUUGUGUUGUAGGCCUGAGAAUGUUUAUGUCUUGGUUUUAGGCCUGAGGAUGGUCGUGCUAUGUGUUGUAGGCCUGAGAAUGUUCGUGUUCUAUGUUGUAGGCCUGAGGGUGUUCGUGCUAUGUGUUGUAGGCCUGAGAAUGUUCGUGUUCUGUGUUGUCGGCCUGAUGAUGUCCAUGUUGUAUAUUGUCGAUCUGGGUAUAUCUGUGUUGUAUGUUGUAAGAAUUAGGGCAAAUCUUGUUUAAUUCGGACAGUAAUGUAAUGAUCAGAAUGGAAACUAUUGCUAGGUUCCAAAACCUUCUAGAAAACAUUUUUAUAACAUAUUUUGCAAAUUAUUUUCGUCCAACUAAUCAGUCUAUAUAUCUCAGGUUUGGUUCCAAAAGAAGAUCUUCAUCAACAGGAAUCAUUCUAAACAAUGAGAUGGAUGACUUUUCUUCACCAAACAUAAUAAAUUCCUUUGGUCUCCUUCCUUCCCCAUCCAAUUUCAUUGAACCUGGUAAACGACCUUUGUCCUCUAUGAGUCCAUCGGUUAUUUUAGAUAAAGAUGGUGAUCUGAAAGCUGUUAUAGGUGGUGCUGGUGGAUCACGUAUAAUUACAGCUGUGGCUCAGGUUUUGAUGCGAUCAAUGUGGCUGAGUGAAAAUGUCAAACAGGCUAUCGAUGCACUAAGACUCCACCAUCAACAAUACCCCAAUACUCUUUUUUACGAAGAACAAUUUCCUCAGGUAAGAUUUUCCAGUUCUUUCUUGUAUGUUUUACUUUCUCCUAUCUUUCUGUCGAUUACUGUUUGGUGCUCUAAUUCUUUCUAAUUCCUUCUUUUGUUUUCCUUACAUUUAGCAUGUGAGUUCUUUCUCUGUGAACUAUGUUUG